AUGAUGAUGGCUGAGACAGAUGGGAGAUCAUCGAUGAUAAUGGAGGAAUUAUUUCAGGCGGACGAUAAUUGCGAUGACGUAUACCUCGAUCUUGACUCUUUCUGGAAUCUCAUGGGAGGCCCUCCAGAACAGGAUCCUUCAGGACCUUCACAGGUGAGGCCAGAGAAUUCUUCAUCAAACGACAUCCCACAAGGUUUGUAUCACAACCAGUUGAUGGAAGAAAAUGAUCUUGGAACCUCUGUUGCACAUAUAGGGGAAUCAUGUAUCAUCGAUGGUGAUGGGUCUUCCCAUGGAGCUUCUCACGCCGAGUCUAGUUCUUGUGAAAUUCCUGGGGGGGAUGUUCCAGAUUUCUUAUCUGAAAAUGGUGAUAUGUAUUUUUUAGGUUCUGAUAAUACAUCUCAUUUUGCUCCAAUGAAUCCAGAUUUUACUUAUAGUUCAGUAUUUAAUUCGUCAUCUAGCGAGGAUAAUUGGAUGAUGAACAUAUUGGAUGAGGCGGAGGUUCCAACUCAGGACUUCACUAGGACGAUGACAUUCGAGGAUCUAGUUGGAAAUGACAUUGUACAGCUGAAUGCUAAUUUUGGUAGUGAUGACUUUGUUUCUGCAAGCAAUGGUAUUCCAUUUACUAAAUCGAGUGACAUGCAUACGAUGAGGAGUGCAUUAGAUUAUGCCACUCCAAGUAUUUUUUCAAAUGUUUUCAGCAAAGUACAUGAUCAUGUAAAGAUUGAGAAGAAAGGGGAAUCAAUUACAUCCAGUGACAUAGCUUUCAGAUCUUCUGAAAUCAUUGAUGGUGUAAAUGGUAGGAACUUCUUUGGUGUUGCUGAUGGGCUUUCUACUAAUGGUGACAUAAAAUGGUCAUUGUCCGAUUCUCCAACUCCCUGUUCAAGUGAGAAUAAUUUGUCCCAUAUGAAGUAUGAGAAAGAUGAAAUAUCAAAGAGAGCUCGCUUUUCUCUUGGUACAGUUGACGAAAUUUCAGCAAAAAAUUCCACUGUAGUUGCUCAUGGUUGUGGUCCUAUUGUACAGGCGGCAGAGAAACCUGCCUUACUGCCAUCCACCUCAAUUAAUGAACAAUUUAGUUGUUUAAAGACAGAACAAAAACCAAAGGUUAAUGAUUCUUUUAUUUCAAAUAUCAACUGCCAAGGAUCACAGAUUGGUACAGUGCAUCAAAGCUACCAUGUUGAUGAAGACUCUGAUCUAUGUAUUCUGGAGGAUAUGAGUGCACCACCGUGCAUAAAUACCACUGCAGUAAGUGCCAAGUUGGUUGCUGCUUCCCAUCUUUCCACAUCAAGAGACCCUAUAAGCCACACGGUAGCGGCUCAUUCAAAGAUCAGACAAAAUGACGAACGAUUCAUCUAUCGAGUUGCUUUGCGGGAUCUUUCACAGCCAAAAUCAGAAGCUACUCCACCAGAGGGCCUUUUGGCUGUACCUCUGUUGAAACACCAGCGAAUUGCCUUAGCAUGGAUGGUCAACAAGGAGACAGGUGUGACAUGCUGUUCUGGUGGAUUUCUUGCUGAUGAUCAGGGACUUGGGAAGACCAUAUCAACAAUUGCACUUAUACUGAAGGAAAGGUCUCCAACUGCUAAAGCAUCUAAAGCGAAUGAAGAACAAUGCAAGGCAGAGACAUUAAAUCUGGAUGAGGAUGAUGGAGUGUCUGAGAUCUAUCAAUCGGAGCAAGGAGCCAAAUCUUGUCAAGUUGACGGAUCCCCCAUCAGUGGGACACAUAUGCAAGCAAAGGGUAGGCCACCUGCUGGAACACUUAUUGUAUGUCCGACAAGUGUUCUUCGACAGUGGUAUGAUGAGUUACGCAAUAAAGUAACAAGGGAAGCUGAUCUCUCAGUUCUAGUCUACCACGGAAGCAACCGUACAAAGGAUCCUGUUGAGCUGGCUAAGUACGACGUUGUACUUACAACAUAUUCAAUUGUGAGCAUGGAGGUGCCGAAGCAGCCUCUUGUUGAUGAAUAUGAAGAUGAGAUUGAAUCUGAAUCUAGAUUUUAUGGUAGAAAAAGGAACUACCCCGAAAAUAAAAAAUCCUCAAAGAGUAAGAAGAGCAAGAAAGGAAUUGACAAUGAAUUACUAUCUGGCCCCCUUGCCAAGGUUGGAUGGUUUCGGGUUGUACUCGAUGAGGCUCAGAGCAUUAAGAAUCAUAGAACUCAAACAGCUAGGGCAUGUUGGGGACUUCGUGCUAAACGUAGGUGGUGCUUAUCAGGGACACCUAUCCAGAAUGCAAUCGAUGAUCUUUAUAGCUACUUCAGAUUUCUCAGAUAUGAUCCGUAUGCUGUUUUUCAGUUCUUUUGCUCUACUCUAAAGGUGCCAAUACAUAGGAACCCAAAGGUUGGGUACAAAAAGCUACAAGCCGUGUUAAAGACUAUAAUGUUGCGUCGAACCAAAGGUACUCUUAUUGAUGGAGAGCCAAUCAUCAAUCUCCCCCCAAAAAUAAUAGAAUUGAAAAAAGUGGAUUUUUCAAAGGAGGAGCGAGAUUUCUAUCGCAGUCUUGAGGCGAAUUCACGUGCUCAAUUUGCAGAAUAUGCUGCUGCUGGAACUGUCAAACAAAAUUAUGUCAACAUAUUAUUGAUGCUUUUGCGGCUUCGACAAGCUUGUGACCACCCUCUUCUUGUUAGUGGAUUCAGUACUAAUGCAAAAAUGACUGCCUCCAUUGAGAUGGCCAAGAAACUUCCUCAGGAGAAACAAAUUAGCCUUCUAAAUUGUUUGGAAGCGUCCUUGGCAAUUUGUGGAAUAUGCAGUGAUCCACCAGAAGAUGCUGUUGUAACAGUCUGUGGACAUGUCUUUUGCAAUCAGUGCAUAAGCGAGCAUUUAACAGGUGAUGAUACUCAGUGUCCCACCAAGACUUGCAAAACUCGUCUUGAUAUAUCGUCCGUGUUUUCUAUAACAACCCUACGGAUUGCUCUAUCUGUGGAUGGGUUCAGCAAGGCUAAUAUUAACGGUUCCUCUGGUUCAGAAGCAGCUCAGGUGUCUGAGCCUUGUCCUUUGAGUUGUCCAUAUGAUUCCUCAAAAAUUAAGGCUGCUCUUGAGGUCCUGCUAUCCUUGUCUAAACCUCAGGAUUGUGCCUCAAGAACAAGCUCCUCAGGAUCCUCAGUUGGAGCUUCUUUUUCUGAAAGUUUACCUGGGACAGCUAAUGAAAGUCCAGACUUGAGUGGAUGUUCAAACUCUUUGGUUAAGGUAGGGGGAGAGAAAGCUAUUGUUUUCUCACAAUGGACGGGGAUGUUGAAUUUGCUCGAAUCUUGUUUGAAGGACUCUACCAUUCAAUACAGGAGACUUGAUGGAACAAUGUCUGUUGGUGCCAGAGACAACGCCGUGAAAGAUUUCAAUACCAAUCCCGAGGUUACUGUUAUGAUAAUGUCUCUGAAAGCUGCAAGUCUUGGACUGAACAUGGUUGCUGCUUGUCAUGUACUCCUCCUGGACCUGUGGUGGAACCCAACCACUGAAGAUCAAGCCAUUGACAGAGCACACCGUAUUGGGCAGACGCGUCCGGUUUCAGUUUUGCGGCUGACAGUGAAAGAUACAGUAGAAGAUCGCAUUUUGGCUCUUCAGCAAAAGAAGAGGGUGAUGGUUUCAUCUGCAUUUGGAGAGGAUGAGACUGGUAGCCGUCAAACACGGCUUACUGUGGAUGACCUGAAAUAUCUAUUCAUGGCUGAUUAA